AUGUUAGUAUUGAAAAACAUGUUCCUUGACAAAAUAAAACCAACUACAGAAAUAAAUGACGCAAGACUGAAACAUUGGGUAAAAGCUUUCCCAUUCACAAAAGAUAUUAUUGGUAACAUGGAAAGAAAACCAGAAUGGCUACAAAAACAUAUAUUUGGAAACGAGCUUAUUCCAUAUGGACAAGCUCUGUUUGAAGAGCUUGAACCGGAAACUCAGGAAAGAGUCAUGCAAACAAUACGCGAAGACUCAAAUACAAACUAUGACAAAAUCUUUCUAGGAUAUAGGUUACCUGAGAUGGGCGACCAGAGCCCAAAGGCAAAAAGGACAUGGGAAAUUUACAACAUACUAGGUGAACAUGAGGCAAAGAUGCAACAACUUGAAGCAGAGGGCAAGUUACCAAAAGCGACACCAAAGAAGAAGAGAAGAGUAGAACAAAGUGAAAGUAGUGAAGAAGUAACUUCAUCUAGUGAAAGUAGUGGCAAUGAAGGAAAAAGAAGAGUUAAAAACUCAGUCAGGAAGAAAGUAAAGCUUGGUCCGAGUGGGUUCUAUUAUGACAAAUAA